AUGGACGUCUCGCUUGUCGCAGAUACCGUGACGGUAUUCACUAAAGUGGGCCUAGGGUUCGCGAGCUCCUUGCUUCAUCGCCACAAUUACAUCUCCAACAACGUUUUGUCGCUUUCCGAUUGUUCCGCCGACCAAUCCGCGUCAUCGACCGGAGUAAUCCAUGCACCCGCCGUGAUUUUCCUCGUCGAUGCGCUUGCGCCGCCGCCUGUGAAGCCGAACUCUAGAAGAACCGUAUCCCGUACGCUAACGCGUAAGAAGCGGCGGACCAAGCGGAAGUUGUUCGGCGGGGAUGAUUCUGGGAACGGGGAAGACGGUGGAUUUUUCGGCGAUAAUGAUGGAGACGGUCCGUUUAGUGGUGGGGGUAAUUACUGGGGCGGCGGGAAUGGAUGGAAUUUUGGUGGAUUUGGAGGGCAAAAUUGGGAUGAGUCAUCUUCUUCAUCGUCAGGAUUUGCUUUGGAUUUUAUAUAUGAGGUGAUUGCGUGGAUUGCGCUUUCGAAUUGCGUGCAUUUCGCCUUCAAGAAGUUGUUGAGGACCGUCGCUGAUGGCAUUGGUGAUGCUGAGAGGGGGAAGGGUCCAAUGAGGCUGACUUCAAUUUACUGA